GCAAACUCCAAACGCAACACACGUAUCCUGGUGUUCCCAGUCCGCGCCAUCUGUCCCGGCGCACCCGCAGACGUGUCCCGGCAACCUCUCGCGGAAGUGCAGAAGGACGCCGAGAACUGUCCGUUGCACCUCACGUCGAAAAACCGCAACCAGAGUCCUGGAUCGCUGGGGAAGAUGGCGAGAGAAGCAGCGAGCAAAGCCACCGCAAGCCGCGGCAGCGGGGCGGAGGCGGAGGCGGAGGCGGCAGCGGGGGAGUACUGGAGCGAAGCGCUCAAGUCGUUCCUGGACCACAUCCCCGUCUCCUCCGUCCCGGGCGCGCUCCAACCCACCGCCUCCCCAGCGGUGGAGGUCAAGCUCGACGGCUCCGUCCUGGGCGCCCUCGACGCCAUGUACAGCAGCAACGCCGCGGGCGCGGUGAUCGUCGACGUGGUGCAGAGCAGCUUCGGCAAGUACGUCGAUCGCGAUAUUGGCUUCGUCGAGUUCUCCAGCCUAGUCCUGUGGGCGCUUGAGGAACUUGGCAAAGUGGAAAGUGAACCAACAGACGGUACUUCUGACUUCCUCUCUAGUCUAAAACAGCAUCAUCAGAUUGCGGAAACGAAGAUCGCCUGGUUAGCAAAGCUGUUCUUAUGGGAGCCCUUCUUCCCUGUUCGAACCCAAGACACGCUCUUCCACACGAUGCUUCUCUUUUCGAAACACCACAGGCUUAACGUGGCACCUGUCGUUGAGUCGAUAAACUCAAGUGUUAUUGGAUUUGUCACGCAGAAUGCAGUGAUGGAGCUGCUUCUCCAGUCAAGUGGCCUUGAGUGGCUUGAUAAAAUUGCAGACAAGCAGCUUUCUGAAUUUAGGUUUGCAAAUGUGAGGAAGCCUGUUUUGGUGUACUCAGAUCAAACUCUUGCUGAUGGGCUGCAUAUUCUCUCGAAGGAAAAAAUGGGGGUUGCAGUCAUUGACAGGAAAACCAGCUGUCUAAUUGGAUCAAUACAGUGCAGCGAUCUCUACCUGUUUCUGGAUGAUAGCUCCCUUUUCAGCAAGCGAACGACAACUACUUUGGAAGAAUUCAUCGACCUGAAUAACAAGGCCAACAGCAAAUGCAGCACUGCUGAAGAUUCAUCUCCACCUGGUCAGAACAUCCUCGCCCUCAGAAACAGGCAGCCAAGUAUGGUGGGCCUACCAGCCACCAACCUGAAAUCCGACACCCUGAAGCAAGCGAUGGAGAAGCUGACGACUUCGAGGAGCAGCUGCAGCUUCAUCGUCGACGAGCAAGGGCACGUCGAAGGGGUGGUGACGACAAGGGACAUCAUCUCCGUGUUCUCCCCGCCGUGCAUGGAUUCGAGGAUUGACGGGGGCACGUUCUUCUCGGCUGCGCUCGAGCAGGCUGGCUGCCGCGUUGAGAAUGGGCAGAUGAUUCAGAACUCCUAGUUUUAAACAAUCCGAAUGCAGGGAGGCUUUAAUCUGUUGCAGUUGCAGUGAGGAAGAUAGGAGAAACAGAAAUGCUAUAGGGCAAUCGAGUGGCUCAGAGUCUGCCAGCAGGCGAAUUUCUGGCCGCUCGAUCUGAUUUGGCUGAGAUCUUCUGCCGUGGGAUCUUUUUCUGUUCUGGACCUCCUCUCCAACAGUUGUUUAUUUUUAACUUUUUAAAAUCUAAAAUAGGCUUUUGGUAUUGAUUUGAAGCUAA